CGGGUUUCAUUUCAAGUUCAAAGCAAGUCGUGAGCGUUUCCAAUACGGAGCUUCCAUUGUGUUGCGCGCAUGCGUCCCUCUCUCUCAGUCAAUUUGAAAUCGUGAAAAUCCUUCUGCCAUACCACCAACACACACGCACAUAAACGCGCAGACACUUACAUACGCAGCAUCGACAAUUCUGUCACUGCGAAGAAAAAGCAAAUUAAUAAAUAAACGCUGCCUGUGAUUUGUUUACGUUUUUUUCUUGAUUUUUUGUAUUGUGCGAGUGUGAGCUCACGAAUCCGUAGAGACAACAGCCUGGAAGUGAAUAAAUAAGAAGAAGGGUGUGGACAGACAGACACAAACGCAGGAACGCACGAAAAGUCCCACACACACAUACAAACGGAACACACACGCGCAAGCAGACCGACCGGCAAAAAGCAGCCGAAAAAGAGAAACGACAAAGAGAGUGCAAAAAAUAGAAAAGGUCGCGCGGUGCCGGCUCUUUCCCCCCAAGGAUAAUCGAAUCAAGCAAAUCGGUAACAAGUCGGUAAUUAAGCCGGAAUCAAGAUCAUCAGAUCAACAGCCAGGAGGAGACCAGCCAGGAGCCACAAAGAAAGCAUCGACGACGACGACGACGGCGGUCUAACCACAUGGCACCAAUAAGCACCAUGAACAGCCAGAGCCUGGUCCAGGGUCAGGUCUGUGAGCUGGGCCACAGCAACGGGGACAUCAUAUCACAGAAUCAACAGAAGGGCUGGUGGACCAUCGGUCUGAUCAAUGGCCAGCACAAGUACAUGACUGCCGAGACUUUUGGCUUCAAGUUGAAUGCGAAUGGAGCCAGUCUGAAGAAGAAGCAGCUGUGGACCCUCGAACCCUCCAACACCGGUGAAAGUAUUAUCUACUUACGAUCUCAUCUGAACAAGUACCUAUCGGUCGAUCAGUUUGGCAAUGUGCUGUGCGAGAGCGAGGAGCGGGAUGCGGGCAGCCGUUUCCAGAUCAGCAUCAGUGAGGAUGGCAGCGGCCGUUGGGCGCUGAAGAACGAAUCGCGCGGCUACUUUCUGGGCGGCACGCCCGACAAACUUGUCUGCACGGCCAAGACGCCCGGUGGCGGUGAGUUCUGGACGGUCCAUUUGGCCGCACGGCCGCAGGUGAAUCUGCGCUCGAUUGGACGCAAGCGGUUCGCACAUCUGUCCGAGUCGCAGGACGAGAUCCAUGUCGAUGCCAAUAUACCGUGGGGCGAGGAUACGCUCUUUACUCUCGAGUUCCGUGCCGAUGAGGGUGGCCGCUAUGCCCUGCACACGUGCAACAAUAAAUAUCUGAAUGCCAAUGGCAAGCUGCAGGUUGUGUGCAACGACGAUUGCCUGUUCAGUGCCGAAUAUCAUGGCGGACAUUUGGCAUUGCGUGACCGCCAGGGCCAGUACUUGUCGCCCAUCGGCUCGAAGGCUGUGCUCAAGUCGCGCUCCUCGACGGUGACGCGCGACGAGCUCUUCUCGCUGGAGGACUCGCUGCCCCAGGCCUCGUUCAUUGCGGGCCUCAACUUGCGCUAUGUGAGCGUCAAGCAGGGCGUCGAUGUGACGGCCAACCAGGACGAGGUCGGCGAGAACGAGACAUUCCAGCUGGAGUACGAUUGGUCGGCGCAUCGCUGGGCCCUGCGCACCACACAGGAUCGCUACUGGUGCCUCUCCGCAGGCGGUGGCAUCCAGGCCACCGGCAAUCGUCGCUGCGCCGAUGCCUUGUUCGAGCUGAUCUGGCACGGCGAUGGCUCGCUCUCGUUCCGGGCCAACAAUGGCAAAUUUUUGGCCACCAAGCGUUCGGGCCAUCUGUUCGCCACCUCCGAGUCCAUUGAGGAGAUAGCCAAGUUCUACUUUUACUUGAUCAAUCGGCCCAUUUUGGUGCUGAAGUGCGAGCAGGGAUUCGUCGGCUAUCGCACGCCCGGCAACCUCAAGCUCGAGUGCAAUAAGGCCACGUACGAGACCAUUCUGGUGGAGCGCGCCCAGAAGGGGCUCGUUCAUUUGAAGGCGCACAGCGGCAAGUAUUGGCGCAUCGAGGGCGAGAGCAUCUCGGUGGAUGCCGAGGCGCCAAGCGAUGGCUUCUUCCUGGAGUUGCGUGAGCCGACCAGGAUCUGCAUAAGGUCGCAGCAGGGCAAAUAUUUGGGCGCCACCAAGAACGGAGCAUUCAAGUUGCUCGACGACGGCACCGACUCGGCCACCCAGUGGGAGUUCUAAGCGGAGAGAGAGCGAGCGAGCGCGAGGACGUGUUCCAUUCAGGAGGCGCAACAUCAGUAUCACAUUUCCAAACCCACGUGCUGAACGAAAGAAAGUCCAAGAAGAAGUCGCACAAGAAAUGGAUCCCAAAAAAAGGAAAAGAUUGCAAAAGGAUUCAAACGAGAAGGAGAACGAGAACGAGAACGGGAAUGGAGCGAGUGCAAGGAAGAUAAUUUACGAUCUACGUACAUAUAUACAUAUAUAUAUAUAGAGAGAGGGAUUUUUUUUAAACAAUCUAUUUAGCUUUUUAUACGUUUUAUACACAAACAACAACAACAAAAAAACAAACAGCAAUAACAAAUUUUAAGCGUAAAGAAAACAAAACAAAAAAGAAGAGAAGAGAAGAGAAAAAAGAGAAAAACUUUGGUCGCGAAUCCUUCCGUUCCACCCGAAAUAUCAGCCACUAAAUUUGAAACUCGAAAGAGCAAAACAAAAAAUCAAAAAACCACACAAAAAUCAUCAAAAGUUUGAAAAGACAUUUACAUAAUGGUUACGCAAGCACAUCAUAUAUACAACUAUAAAUAUAUAAAUAUAUAUAUUGAUAUAUUUGAUUCGUCAAAAGCUUAAAGUAAAAUAAAAAAUAUAAAAAAGGGAAUGAAGAAUGAAGAAAUACCCCCAAGAGAGAGAGUGGGCGAGGAAAAGGAAGGAAGGUAAAAAGUAAAUCAACACAUAUUCCUAUAAAUUUAUUUAUAUAUUUAUAUAUACAAUAUUGAUAUGAGCAGUAGCACUCCCCCACCACCACCCCGUACACCCGUACACCCUGAACCCUGCACCCCAGCAACCUAGCAGCCCAAACCCUAAACCUAUGCCCCACCCCAUCCAUACACACACGAAACACUUCUCAAGCAAGCAAUUUUAUUAUGCAAAACAAAAUUUGUAGACAUUAAGCAGUCCA